AUGUUUGGACAACAAUUGAUUAGAUUUUCCACUAGAAGAGCUUUUUCGUCCAGUAUUAGACAACAAGCUCAUUUCAAAGAAGGUGUUUAUUCCAACCUUCCCGUCAAGGUUCACAACAGAAAGAUUCCAUUUGGUUUGAUCCACUUUGGCUUUUUCACCUUGGGCUUUUUGGUUCCAUUCUUCUCCUCGUUUGUUCAAAUGAGAAAGUCUGGUUUGAUGUGA